CCUCCCUUCCCGCUGCAGCGUUGCGACAGAGACGGAGAAUUCAAACGACAUGAAAGUGGAAAAUAAUCUUACGGCAGAGACAGAGAAGAACGGCAGCGAGACCAUCACUAUCCAGACUACACUUGGGGAUGAAGAUGAUGUGCACAAAUGUGGACGCUGCCAGUCUGAGUUCUCCACCCUCGAGGCGUUCAUCCAGCACAAACUGCAGCACAGCUGCAAACGGCUGGAGGCACAACAUGCUGGACAGGAGGCCAACAUCUUUGCAGCUAAUAGUUCUUCCUCAGAGGUGAAAUCAGCUGAAGGUGCAUCCCCUGUUAAACCAGAGAGAACCACAGAUACAGACGAUGAAAGCGGUGCUCAGCUGGGUCGGGGUCACAGGAAAAAAGUCGCCUCGGUCAAAGUUGCUGAAAAGUCCGAUCAAUGUGUAGGAUUUACAUCUGACGGGGCUGACGGUGACAGGAUGACUUACACAGUCAACGAAGUGGGACGCUUCAUUUGCUCCCUGUGUGAAAAGACGUUUAAAACUACGAACAUCUUGAGAACUCACAUAAAAACUCACAGUGACCAGAAGAACUUCUCAUGUGAACUUUGUUCGUCCUCAUUUCGCACCAAAGGCUCCCUGAUACGCCACAACCGCCGUCACACUGAUGAGCGGCCGUAUCGAUGUUCCCUAUGUGGACAGUCCUUCAGGGAAUCUGGAGCUCUCACCAGACAUCUAAAAUCUCUGACUCCCUGCACGGAGAAGAUUCGUUUUGUCCAGUACAAAGAAAUAUUGGUCAGCAAGGAUGGAAUGCAAAAAGGCGUCAAAGCUGAUCGAGCCACAACCCAACAGGAGGUGGUAGUUGUGAAGCAGCAGCCUGAGGAGGAGGAGGAGAAGGAGAUGGUGGAGACACAGACUGCUGUCAUUAGCGUGGUCAACACUGAUUCCCAAGAGGUCCUGCGUCAGGUUCACUUUACGGUGGAGGUGGAUGGAACCACACAGGAGCAACAGGUGGUCGUGGAGGAGUCUCAGGCAGAAGCUCUCGCCGCCGCUGCUGCUGCUGGUGACAACCUCAUCUGCCAGGCCAUUAUCAACUCUGGCAUUGCCCUGGGGACGGAGGAGACGGUGGUGGAGGAGGAGGAGGAGGCAGCGGCCUCACAGACGACCGAGCAGAUUAAUAAAGUUGUUUCUGACCAGCCCGAAGCUGAGCAGAAUGUCUUUGAGAUCCAAGUUAGAGAAGAGUUGGCGAAGAUUGAGGAGGAAGCGGGCGAUGAUCGGGCGACAAAGUUGUACACCUGUCCGUACUGUAACCGAUCAUUUAAAGGCUUGAGUUAUUUCCGUUUUCACGUCAAAGGUCAUUUAGGUCAUAAGCCCUUUAAGUGCACGCUGUGUCAAAAAGAGUUUCUAACGGGUUACCUGCUGAGAAAACACAUGGAAGUCCACGCCAGUGAGAGGAGGUAUAAGUGUGGCGAGUGCGGCAAGCUGUAUAAAACAAUCGCACACGUCCGUGAACACAUGAGGGCCCACUCCGAUGAAAGACCGUACCACUGUAGCAGAUGCAACAAAGGAUACAAGACCAAGAAUGCCUUACAAGUUCACCAACGGACUCAUUUUGAUGAAAGACCUUAUGUGUGCGAGUUCUGCUACAGAGGCUUCAGAGAGAAAGGCUCUUUGGUGCGACACAUCCGCCAUCACACCGGAGAGAAGCCUUUCAAGUGCUCGAAGUGCGGACGAGGCUUCGCCGAGCACGGGACUCUCAGUCGACACAGGCGAUCUAAAGGAGGCUGCUUGAAAGAAAGUUGCAGUGAACAACAAGAUGCUGUAACAGAAACCCAGACCUCAGAGGACGGUCUCACCACAGCUACUGUCAUCGCAGAGGAUCCUCACGCUGUGUUGGUGGAGUUCUCCUCAGUGGUGGCAGACACACAGGAGUAUAUCUUCAAGACUCAAACGGAGGAGGAAAUUCAAGAAGUUACACUCAUUCAAGAUGGACAGAAUGAGGUGGGAAACCACAUCAUGAAGGUGGUGCAGCAAAUCGUCAGCCAGUCGCACGGCACGAGCAGCCACCAAAUCAUCGUGCGAAACGUGGCGGCGGACGAGGAGGGCGCGUCCAUCACAGACUGCGGCGACACCAUCACCAUCGCUACGCCGGAGAACCUGACGGAGCAGGUGGCCAUGACACUCGCCACCGCCAUCGGCGACGGCACGCUGCUGGCCACGGCAGGUACCGUGGAGGAGGCAGAGGGAACUGUUACCAUGGUUACCACAGAGGACGCAGUGGAACAGGGGAUACAGAUGGUGCAGCAGCAAGAGGAAUAUGUCAUCACGUCUCCAGAGGAGGUGGAGAUUCAGACUCUAGUUUUAUGAUCAAAGAGGAAGCUAACACUGAACUGAGUUUGUUUAUGAACUUCACGUGUGAAAAGAUUAAUUAUGAAACAAAAGCCAAAGUGUUUCUAAGAUUGCUGGAC